ACAUUACAUUUAUUUAACAAAUUUUGUUUUGUCUUGAACAAGUUUAUAUUUUUAAUGAAUUUAAUUAAGUAUUUAGUAUUCGUUAUACAUUUCUUGAACAAAUUAUGAUUCUAGCAAAGUAAGAGUAGCUAUAUACUGUGUACUUAUGUCCAAAUUCUUAAUUUAUCGGUGUAGAAACACUGUCUAUAGACCUGUAGAGUAUUUUAGAGUUAAUACACCUAUUCUGUGAUCAAUAAAAAUAUGUGGUAGGGUUUUCAUACACAAUGGAGCAAAUAGUCAUUAAAAAGGAACCUGAAGGACUAUUGGAACAUUCUGAAGGAUCUGGGAAAGUAACAAAACAAGAAAUCAAAGAAGAAUUGGAUUAUUGCGAUAAUUCCAUGAACUGUGAUGAAUUGGGGGUUAAAGAAGAAUCAGAAACGUCCUCCAAUGAAGGAGUUGAGCAGUUUGAAAUGAAAUUUGAAGCUGAAGAUGAAAAAUUUCUUGACAAGGGGAGGGACAGUGAUGAUUUAAGUAAAGAAAUACUGGAGAAAAGUUGUGAAAAGUUGUUUGAAUGUGAUUUAUGUGAUAAGAAAUAUCAAAGAAGGAAUAAUUUGAAUGACCAUGUAAAGUAUGUGCAUGGCAAACAUGCACUGAAUAAAUUGAAAUGUGACCACUGUGACUAUGUGACGGUGAGAAAAAAUAGUUUUAAAAUGCACUUAAAAAUUCACGAUAAGAAAACCCAUCUUAAAUGUAAUUUUUGCGAAUACACUGCUGCCCAUUUAAUUUAUUUAAACGCCCACAUUUUAAGAAAACACAAAUUGGAAAAUAAAGGAGAUAAUAAAAUAAAAAUAACAAGUAAAAUAUAUACAUGCACAAAAUGCUCGUACUCAAACGUCAGAAAAUCAAAUUACGAUAAUCACAUCAAAAUUUGUUUGAACUUGAAAAACGUCAAAUGGUAUAAAUGUCACUUGUGUCACUAUAAAAGCAUUCAAAAAAGCAGUUUAAAAAAUCACAUAAUAAGACACAAUAAAAUUAAAGAGCUGAAUUGCUCAUUUUGCAAAUACCAUUGUUUUAGAAAACCAACUUUAGACUACCACAUUUUGACCACACAUUCCGAUUUAUUAAACGAAUCCAAUAAACAUUUAAUCACUUCAAAAACACAUUGUUGCCAACACUGUAAUUAUAAAACUAUAUAUGAAAAUCAUUUUAAAAACCACAACCAUUGAUUUCAUACUUAUUGUUAUGUUUUAAUAAAUUAUCUCAAUUUUUUUAA